UUUUUCAGAUAACAGUGAACGCUUCGAAAACCUACCAAGCUAUCAUCGGAUUUGGGGGAGCUUUUACAGAUGCUGCUGGUAUUAACAUAGCAAAACUCUCAUUUCCAGCUCAGGAACUUCUUCUUAGUAUUGUUGAAACGAUGUUGAUAACUUUAUGGAUAACACAGCUCGUAUUUUGGCACUCUCGGCAUCGAGUAUGGAAUUGGGCGUGUCCCUAUUGCUGGCAGUGAUUUUUCCACGUACCCUUACUCCUACGAUGACUUCCCAGGAGACACGACUCUUUCCAAUUUUAGUUUGACUGAAGAAGACCUUGUCUUUAAGAUCCCGUUCAUCAACUGGGCUAAAACAAUCAGUUCGAAACCAAUUAAACUUUUUCAAGUCCAUGGAGUGGUCCUGCCUGGAUGAAGAGUAAUAAUGACUUCUCCGGCUUUGGUCAUCUUUUACCGGAAAACUAUCAACCAUGGGCAGAAUACUUCGUCAAAUCAUGUAAACAGGUUUUUUGAAGAAUAUCGGAAGCAUGACAUCAAUUUUUGGGCACUCACUGCACAGAACGAGCCUAAUAACGGACGAGUUCCAGGAUGUUCAUGGAAUUGUAUGGGUUGGAGCCCCGAAGAUCAAGCGUUGUUUGUAGGCCAAAACCUUGGCCCAACGUUGGCUAACAAAGGGUUUGGUGACGUUAACAUCAUGGUUGUGGAUGACCAGCGGACGUUUAUGCCUAGCUGGCCCGAAACGGUACUAGCAGAUCCUGAAGCCAAUAAAUACGUCUCCGGCUUCGGUGUCCAUUGGUACGCAAACAAUCUGGUGCCACCUUCCGUUUUGACCUCCACACAUGAAGCCUUUCCUGACCGGUUUAUACUUGCCACAGAAGCUUGUAAUGGUAAGCUCACAGAUUUCAUAUUUAAAAACGAAAAUCUUAUAAAAUACAGCAAUAAAACAUUAUUUUAUUGUUCAGGACCCUAUGAAGAACCAGUCAUUAUGGGUUCGUGGGAACGGCUGGAAUCUUAUGCACAUGACAUUAUUGAGGACCUCAACCAUUGGGUUGCCGGUUGGGUGGAUUGGAAUCUUGUUUUGGACGAAGGUGGUGGACCAAACUGGGCUGAGAACUACGUAGACGCACCAAUUAUUGUGAACAACACCGUAGACGAGUUCUAUAAGCAGCCUAUGUUUUACGCAAUGGGACAUUUUUCCAAGUACAUCCCUGAAGAUUCCAUCAGGAUUGAAUUGGAAAUAAGUGAUAGUACUAGGAGCUUGUUUGGAACGGCCUUCCUACGUCCGGACGGCAAACGAUCGAUCGUUAUUUUAAAUCGCUCGGAUGAAGAAAGGAUGAUUUCGUUGGUAGACGCUGAUCGAGUCGAUGGAACGCUUACAUUGAUUUGCCCAGCCCGAUCCAUCCAUACCAUUGUAUACGUCUGAUUUCUAUUGCACGUAGGGCAAGAUACCACACUGAAAUGGCCUCUGGGUCUUCUAACACAUAAAUAUCCAUCAAAAUUUGAAUACAAAUCGUAUUUUAUUUAGAUUUUUGAAAAAAAUAUAUAAAUAAAUAAAUAAAUAAAAAGUCA